AUGAUUACUUCUGUCCUCGGUAGCAUCAAAAGUAUGAAGAUCCUAGGACUUGACGAUGCAGUUAUAUCUCUUGUUACGAAUCUGAGGGCCCGUGAGAUUUCCCUGUCAAAACGAUUAGGAUGGAUUAUGCUGGCACACAAUGCUAGUGCCAACGCACUGGGAAUAUUCGCACCGGUCUUGACGCUGGUGCUGUUCGCAAUUUUUCGCAGCGUGCAUAGCACAUAUGCCAUGGAUGCCGAUAUCGUCUUCACUUCUGUCGCUCUUCUCGCCCUUGUCACCCAUCCGGCUAAUAUGGUCAUGACCAUAGUACCGCGUGCAGUUGCUUCGUUGGCUAACUUCCAAAGAAUACAGGCCCUUUUGGCAGAAAAUCCGUUACUAGAUAAAAGAGAGAAUAUUUCCCCAAGGGAGCACGCUCUUGAGUCUCAAGGUUCACUCGCAAUCUCGCUAGAAAAGGUCACACUCCAUCCCCCUUCUAGCACUUCCCCUAUUAUUGAAGACGUCAGUCUUUCGAUGAAUGAAGGUUCAAUCCUCAUGUGCUCAGGACCAAUGGGCAGUGGCAAAUCCGCCCUAGCUUUAUCAAUCUUGGGAGAAAUAAACCCAGUACAGGGCACUAUUGCUGUCUCGGAUAAACGAAUUGGGUUCUACAGCCAGCCAGUCUGGCUUCCCACGGCGUCAAUUCGCGAAGUCAUUUGCGGAGGAUCGUCCGUUUUUGAUAGAGAAUGGUAUAUAACUGUCAUUAACGCUUGCUGCCUCGCCUCCGAUUUGGAAUCCUUUGUCGACAAAGACAUGACGUGGGUUGGGACUGGUGGUGUCAAUCUCUCUGGAGGACAAAAGUCUCGCAUCGCGCUUGCUCGCGUGGUUUAUUCUCGACCUCGUCUAGUCGUCUUGGACGAUCCUUUUAGUGCACUUGACGGUGAGACCGAGCGUGGUAUAGUCGACGCUUUAUUUGGGCCUCAAGGGAUCUUUCGCAAGACAUGUGCUACGGUAUUUCUCAUCAGCAGCGCGACACAAUACUAUUAUUUGGCAGACAAGGUUGUCCUACUUGAAGAUGGACAAGUACAGAUCCUGGAUCCCACCAGUGACAUUCUUCGCGCAAAAGCUCAAAUGUCUAAGAUGCGUCCUCCACCAAAGGAUGGCGAGAGCACCGAGUUCAACAAAGUUUCGGAUCUAACAAAUCGAACACGCAGGGACGAUGCGGCUGCUGACUUGUCGAGAAGAACCGGGGACCUGGGAAUCUACAGUAAGAAUAUUGUCUAUAUCUGGUGGACAGAUGUGGAGCUGAUGCAAUGCAGAGUAUUACUUUGGUACCUUCGGCAUUUUGAGCUUGGUGUUCAUGACAAGCUGCACUGCGAUCUAUGCGUUCUUUCUUACCUUCUCGCAAUAUCUUCUCAAGUGGUGGACUGA